CCGGACGAAAUCCGCUCUGCGAUGCUGGCGCCAUGAAGCCGGGAGCGCGUGCCUCGCAAGAACACAAACGAGGGCACGGGCAGGCGGCGCCCUGCCAGGCAGGCGGCGCCCUGCCAGGCAGGCAGGCAGCCCCCAGCCGCACCGUGGCUCGCCUCUCCUCCCUUCCAUCCAUCAUCGCCGCACUGCUCAGACCCCGCCGCGCCAUUUCCGCAGCAACGAGCUGGUCAGCGCUCAAGGCCCUCAGUGGUGGUGCCGAUAUAAAGCACGGCCCCCCGACCUACUUCUGCACGCGUGAACGAUGCACGAAAAUCGACGAACAGGAGGAGGAGGAGGAGGAGGAGGAGGAGGAGGAGGAGGAAGCGAGAAGGGAAGAGAGGGAGAUAGAGAGAGAGGAACAAAAACGAACAUUAACAGACAGAAACGGCAUACCUUUCCGCGCCGCAAGGAAAAACCGAGAAGCGGUGGGCGGACGCCUCCCGACGAGAACAAAAAACAGAGCGUGGCGGACAGAACGGAAUUAUUCGCGAGUUGUGAACAUUGUGCGGUUGCGGGUGUAUUCAAGCGGCUGGAGCACGCAGAAGCUUCGAAGCUCCCUCGCCCCCCUUCCCUCCUUGCGAGGGCUGGCUGCGACUCCCUACUCUGGACGGUAAAAAACAAGCUGGCCCACGUUAGCACCGCACGGGGGCGGCCACAUCUGAUUAUUGAACGAAGGUGCUGCAGCUGCACUUGGCUCAGUAGCCAUGCAGGGGCGCGGUUAAGCCAGUCUCCGCAAUCGUGGUCAACCAGCGCAAGGACUUGCAAGAUCUUGCGUUCAGGCUGGCCCCCACCUAGGCAAACCUCGGUGCCCGAGACGACUCGCAGGUCGGUCUGGCCGGGGCUGCGGUCGCUGACUCGAAAUGGCCAGCGCCCGCGAGCUGGCGCGAACUAUGUGUGGGCUCGGGAACCUGGAGCCCGCCCAGCCGACCGGCUGGAACUACUCGGCGCCUGGAGCGGUGUAUCCCACGAGCUGGCCUGCGCCGGCCUGGUCGGUCAAGCGAUUCCCCGACAGGUCGCCGCCGUGCCAGUGCGCUGUCACACCCACGUUGAGCCAGAUACCGUGCAGGCCAUUUUGCGUGAUGCAGUUAUCGCGCAAGGCGAUGGAUCGAGCCUGGUGGUUCACGCCGAUCCCGGAGAACACGUUCCGCGACACGAGGCAUUGCUUCACAUCCAGCUCCACAUUUUUACCGUUGAUGCCGAUCCCACUGCGCAUGCACCUCAUAAUCUCACAGCCUUGGAGGGAUACAUUCGACUUCUGCAAGCAGAGCACCCCGCAGCCGUUCCUCGAUGUGAUAGAACACCGCACACACUGCAAACACCCGCCCUGGACUCGAUUCUCCUCGGUGGCGGUCAGCUCAAGGUCAACGAGCAUCAAAGAGCCGCCAAUGACGCGCACACCAGGCAGCGUGAUACACGCUCUGCCCAAAUCCUCCGAGCUGCUGCCGUAGAGCACGACACGGUGACCCGUGGUGAUCUCGAGCGGCUCGUCCUGGGACCACUCGCCCGUGAUCUCCAUCACGGCUGGGCCUGGGCCCGAGAGCGCUGCCUGCACCAGCUCGGUCAGGCGGGGAUGCCCUGCGCCUGGUGCAGGGCACCCCUCAGGGGCCGGGGCCGCGCGUCCCGACAGGGACUGCGCCGCCGACCGAUCCGGAUCCUGCUUCUGCAACUCCGGGGUCGGCACCAGGCGCGCGAUGCCAUCGUCGAAGGACAGGCCGACGUCGCCCUGCGGCCACGCCACCUCCACGGGCAUGCGGGGCACGGGCUGGCCCCGGGGUGGCUCCCCGGGGCAAGGUUUCCAUCCCCAACUGCUUCAUGGCGGUCCUGGGGCCCCAGGGGCCUGAAAUCGGCGAAGGGUCUCCGGGCGCCAAACACGACGGAUUGAUUGUUCCAGUUGGUGGGCCCCAGAAGGAUCGCCUCCUUCCUCGAGCGCGGUUCUCCGUCUUUUGGAUGACCCUGGGGGCCCCCAGAAGACCGACAUCGACGACACAUACACCGGGAUUGACGACACCGAUCCAUUAGAUCUCUGGGCCUCGGGAGACCCUAGACUUCGGCCAUCGGAGCAUACUGUAGACGGAGGAGCAUACUGUAGACGGAUCUACUCUUUCUGCGACCAUGUACUGCGUCGAACGCAACGGCCGCGUUGUCUGUAGACGUAUCCUCCCCGCAUGGGCCUUUUGUAUGUAAUUAACAAAACCCCACGUGUCCAUAGACGCUUGUGGCUAGGAAGC